CCGAAGGACGCUGCACAGGGCGCGGCGGGCGGGCGCAGGCCUGCCUCGCCAGCAAGGCUCCCUGGGCACCUGCACCCCGAAAUGGCUCGGAGGCGGGAGGAGCCGCGGGCCGGCGCGCCCCUGAGCGCGGAGGGCGGGUCGGACGUGGAGGUUAGGCUCAUUCUGUACCACUGGACGCAUUCCUUCAGCUCGCAGAAGGUGCGCUUGGUAAUUGCUGAAAAGGCAUUGAAGUGCGAGGAACAUGAUGUAAGUCUACCCCUGAGUGAGCACAAUGAGCCUUGGUUUAUGCGUUUGAACUCAACUGGAGAAGUGCCUGUCCUUAUCCACGGGGAAAACAUAAUUUGUGAGGCCACUCAGAUCAUUGAUUAUCUUGAACAGACUUUCCUGGAUGAAAGAACACCCAGGUUAAUGCCUGAUAAAGGAAGCAUGUAUUACCCACGGGUGCAGCAUUACCGAGAGCUUCUUGACUCACUGCCAAUGGAUGCCUAUACACAUGGCUGCAUUUUACAUCCUGAACUCACUGUGGAUUCCAUGAUCCCAGCUUAUGCAACCACAAGGAUUCGCAGCCAGAUUGGUAACACAGAGUCUGAACUGAAGAAGCUUGCUGAAGAAAACCCUGACUUACAAGAAGCAUACAUUGCCAAACAGAAACGGCUUAAAUCAAAGCUACUUGAUCAUGACAAUGUUAAAUACUUGAAGAAAAUUCUUGAUGAGUUGGAGAAGGUUUUGGAUCAGGUUGAAACCGAGUUGCAAAGAAGAAGUGAAGAAACCCCAGAAGAGGGCCGCCAACCUUGGCUCUGUGGAGAAUCCUUCACCCUGGCAGACAUCUCACUGGCUGUCACAUUGCAUCGGUUGAAGUUUCUGGGGUUUGCAAGGAGAAACUGGGGAAAUGGAAAGAGACCGAACUUAGAAACCUAUUAUGAGCGUGUCUUGAAGAGAAAAACAUUUAACAAGGUUUUAGGACAUGUCAACAAUAUAUUAAUCUCUGCCGUGCUGCCAACAGCAUUCCGGGUGGCCAAGAAAAGGGCCCCAAAAGUUCUUGGCACCACCCUUGUGGUUGGUUUGCUUGCAGGAAUGGGAUAUUUUGCAUUUAUGCUUUUCAGAAGAAGACUUGGCAGCAUGGUAUUAGCACUUAGACCUAGACCAAAUUAUUUCUAGGUGUGUUCAGCCCUGGUGGUGGCAGCUCAUCCAACCAUUCCGCUAGACCCUUGUCCACUCUCCAGACCCAGUGAAGAAUUAUCCUGGGCAACUAGUAGAAUGCAUAAUUUAUGUGGGGAAAACAGCUAAUGAAUUUAUUUUUAUUUGUAGGCUGAGAUGACUUAUUUAUAACUAAUCCAUUCUUUAAGCAUGUGCAAGGUCAGGAUAGGUGAACACUGACAGGUAGAGAAUAGACCUUUAAUCCAAAUUGUCAGUUCAGGUUUCAAUUAUUUUUUUAGACUUUUAAUAUGAGCAGACAGUAAUAAUAACCUGUAACUUCCAAUAACUCUUCACAUAGACCAGUAUCAACUAUUGUUCCGAGUGUUGAGCAGUUGCAGGAUCUUCCCCUGGAACUCAGAAGUCCUUUUUGCUACCGGACAGGGUUCAGAUAGCAUCAGGACAUAGUACUACUUCAUCUUCUACCAGCUUCAGGUAGAAAUAAUGGAAAAGGGAAAGAGGAGAAAGAAGACAAGAGAAUGAAGUGUAUGUAGGAUAGAGCAGUAGGCUGUAACCUCCAAUGGUCCCCAGAGCUGCUCAUGGCUGCUUGGUAAACUUCACAUAUAGCUACUUGUGGCCAGGUCCACUUAUUACUCCUUAACUGGGAAUAGUUGGGAAGAGAGAGCUUGGAAGUUAUUGGGGAUAGUAGCCUGGAGAGAACCCUAGGAUUUAUAUAUGCUAUCACCUCACUUGACCUUAAUUAUGAGCCUCACUCAUUGAUUCAAUAAGAUAAGUAAUUAUGUAUUCAACUGUGGGGUGCCCAUUGGAACAUGUAUGUCUAGAACCUAUAUGAACAUCUAAAGUGAUAAUAAGGUGGUUCCUCAACUUGAUGAUCUUUGUGAGAUAUUAUUCCUUUGGAUCACUGUGUCCAGUCCUGGGGGUCUUGGCCUCGAUGGCCCUCUUUAUGCAUGUGACAGGUAGAUGAAUGUCUCAGGUAAAUAGCAUGGCUUAUGGGUGGGUAGUAGAUAUUUUGAUAAGAACCAAAUAUGUUUAUUCUUAUUUGGGAAGACUGGUACAUUAAUGCACAAACUGUUGUCUGGGCAUUGUAUUCAUUUAUGAUAAUCAACAAAGCCUUAAAUUGAAGAGAAAGAAGAAAGUUAAGCCUUAGCUGUUCUCAGUUAAUUUGGGGGAGAUGAAAUACAUAGAUAGUGAUGCCCACCCAUAUCUAUCCAUGUAUGUUCAUGAUUUGUGAGCGUAUCUCAGUCCAUCUGGAACAGGCAGUUCUAGUAUGACCCAGGAGCAGCCAUGGAGCUGUAAUGUAUGAUUUUUUGCUCAGAAAAAACCUUCUAUGGAAAUAAGGAGGCAGUUUCUCUGGAGCUGGCCAUCAAGAUUUUGGGAACAGCUUCAGGAUUUUGGUGAAUAGUUUGUACAGAGAUGAUGAACCAAGAUUCUAGUGAGUAACAAAAGCUUGCUUGUGCUGCCUCAGGUAAGCUGUGCAAAUAGCCAAAGAAUGUACUGACUUUUUCAUUAAUAGGUAAAAGUCAUGACCAGGAAACAGUGACUUUCUGAUAGUAAAAAUGAUUCUGUGGAAGUUCAUCUACUGAGGUCUAAUCAGCCUAUCUAGAGUCCCUUGCUUUAGGAAGAUCAGAUCUCCCUCACUAGCAGUAAUCAGUUGCCAAUAUUUCUUCAGCUAAGAUUGGGGUCUGCUGUUCAUUUCCACAGUUCUAUGCUGGGUUUUUGUCUGUGUGAGUUUGCAUGGGUCUUGUGUAUGCUGACACCAUUGCUGUAGAUUUAUAUGAGCAGGGUCCUAGGAACUUGUAUGAAUUCCAGUGGGAAUUCCAGUGGGGGCCUAUGGAAGGGUGUCAGUGGGAAGGUGGUAUAAAGAUGAUUAAGAUUGAUUGUGAUAUUCUGCAUGAAAUACACAAAAACUAGGGAAAACACUUAUAAGAAAAAUCAAAUUAAGUGCCCAAAUACUAUGAAUUGGUGAUAAUCAAUAAAAUGAUUUAGUGUCAUACUGGUGAGCUUACAAGGCAAAAAAAAAAAAAAAAAAAAAUUCUGUAAUUCCAUUUUGAUUCUAUAAUUUCAUUUCAUAAUCUAAUGUAUUAGACAAUAUUGAUAAACUGGAUGUGCACUGUUUAUAAAAAUUUAAAAUUCCAGCAUGAACUCAGACUAACAAUAAUGAAUAUACUUUUUCAGCUUUUAUGUUUUAAUUUUGCACAUAAGUGUGUCAUAUGGAGUGUCUGAAUCUGUUUGUUGCUACGAUAUUCCAAUUUUUGUAUUUAUAAAAGAGCUAUAGGAUUAACUGAUUAUUAAGUAGUUAAUAAUGUUUCAGAAUUUCUUUUGUCACUUUAUGAGAAAUAAAAAGUGAGGCACAAAGAAGCAACAAUUGGAGUUUUAUAAAAAUCUACGAAGUAUAAUACCCGUGAAAGGAUUGUUAAAAGACUGACUUUUCAUUCAGUAUAUAUUAUUACUGUACCAGAAGAAAUCACUAGGAAGCACUUAUAAUUUUCUCAUUCAUUUUAUUGUUAAAGGUGAAGUAUCUGAGUGACUUUAGUUGUUUUACAGGUAGGUAGGUGGUAUUGAGAUUAUUGCUUCAAAAAUAUUUGUCUUUUGAUAUCUGACCAUUAGAUGUCGCUGUUUACCCAGUAGUCUAAGAUCAGAACUCAUUGGGUUCAGUAAGCCUUCUGAAAGGUUUAAAGAGAAGAUAAACACUAAUGACCUUAGUUUUUGAAGUAAGGGCAUCUUCAUCAAGAUCAUUCAUCUGUGAACAGGCUUGAGGCAAAUGUAUUGAUUUCUGAUGCUUUCUAAGUUAUGACAGCACCAUAUGAUGUCCAGCUAAAAUCCACUCAUACACUAUUGACUAAGGAGGCACGUUUAUGUAUCUUCUUUUUUUGUGAUCAUUGGUGACUGGCCAGUGUGUUCCUUGUUUCCAAAAAUUUGUAUAAAUAUCACAAUUAGAAAAUGCCUGAGGUACUAAAGUUAUGUUGGCUGUUUAUGACUUAACAUUCGUAUUACUAUUUUAUUGUUAUUGCAGUUAUAUGCCUUUUGAAUCUCAAGAAGUUGUAAACUGCUCAAUUUUUAGUAUUUAUUGCUAUUGAUGUCAGAGUUGUAGAUAUUUGGUGCUGUUGAGUGUCAAUGGAAAGAUUAAGAUACUAUUCUGUGUGUAAGGUCAAUAAAAUAAUUUGAAAAUGUGA